CGAAAUCAACAAUAAGUGGAAAUUGGGGGGGGGGGGGUAAGUUAAUUCAAUAAUCUGUAGUCUUUGUAGUGCACAUCCGAUCACAGUAACCUGCCCAGAAUUCCACUGAACUGGGAUCUGCUCGCACCUGAUCGUUUGAUUCAGAUAUGUGCGUGGCAGUGGCAGGGGGUUUCACAGAGGAGGAGUCAGAGCACUUCUAUUGCGCAUACUCAAAUUGUUACUUUGACUGGACCAACGCAGAUGUAUCCAUACCUGUGCCACUGAGAACUUUACCUGGAUUUAAACAACCGCUAAGUCUUUGUAACGUAACACCAGCUUCUACAGGCUACGACUGAUCGAGUUUAUAGUGCGGGUACUGGAUGUAUCUUGAUUUUCUGCGAGAGCUGCUGAUCUGUUAACAGGUGUCGGGGCACGCUGCCGCACGGAGAGUGAACAUGUCCAAUGGCAAUGGGAAAUGCGCAGAUGCUGCAGAAGGCUCCUCACAGAUGACCAUGAAAGAGUGCCUGGAUGAGUGUAUGGAGGCCCUGGAUCUCUUCCUUAAUAACCACUUCAGUGAGAGCAUGGAGAGGCUGAGGCCAAGAGUGGAUGAGAGUAUGUACCAUGCUCUUAUCUACGCCACAGUGCUGGAAAUGCAGGCCAUGAUGACUUUUGAGCAUGAUGACAUCACCAAUGCAGGAAAUACCAUGAAGAGUGCCCAGGAGGUCUGUCAGAGGGUUCGACGGAAAUCCCCAGGUUUUGCUAACAAGUCAGCAGGAGACUCUGUCAGUGAAGAGCAGCUCCAUGCUGAAAUCUGUUAUGCAGAGUGCCAACUCCACAGAGCUGCUCUCACCUUCCUACAGGAUGAGAGCAUGGUGAGUUUUAUCAAAGGAGGGAUCAAAGUACGGAACAGUUACUUGCUUUACAAAGACCUGCAUGCCUUCAUAAAGGCCCACAGCUCUCUCAAAGGACCCAGCCAUGUUCACUUAGAAGGUGGAUUAGCAUUUGGAAUAGGGGCAUUUAAUCUGACACUCUCUCUCUUUCCUCCACGGAUACUCAAAGUUCUGGAGUUUGCAGGCUUCUCUGGAGACAAGGAAUACGGUCUGUCCCUGCUGUAUGAUGGUGCCAUAGGGACGAAUCUGCACUCCAUGCUCUGUGCACUGUUGCUGCUCUGCUACUACCUCUUCCUUGUAUUCAUACUAGGUAGGACAGGUGAGGGAGAGGUGGAUGAAGCUGCAAAGCUGCUGAAGCCUUUCCAGCUCCGCUACCCACGGGGAGCAAUAUUCCUCUUCUUUGCAGGCAGGAUUGAGGAAAUCAAAGGGAACAUUGAUGAGGCAGUGACACUUUUUGAAGAUGGCUGCAAGGCCCAGCAGGCAUGGAAGCAGUUCCACCACAUGUGCUACUGGGAGCUGAUGUGGUGCUUCACCUUUAAACGAGCAUGGAGGAUGGCCUACUUCUACGCAGACCUACUGAGCCAGGAGAACCGCUGGUCCAAGGCCAUGUAUGUGUUCAUGAAAGCUGCGUGUCUCAGUAUGCUGCCUAAGGAUGAAGCAAGGCCUUUUGGGGAGGAUGAGGUAGAGCUCUUUAGGAAAGUACCUACAUUCAAGCAGAAGAUAGCAGGGAAGUCUCCCGCAACUGAGAAGUUUGCCAUCCGUAAAGCCAGGCGCUACAAGGCUCCCUACCCAGUCGGAUUACCAGUACCAGUGCUGGAGAUGAUGUACAUGUGGAACGGGUUCAGUGUGAUCAGUAAACAGCCAGAACUGAAUGAAGGCAUAAUGCAGACUGUGGUGGAGGCAGAGCGCACCCUGCUGGAGUCUCCUGGAAAUGAGUAUUCGGUGGAUGACCAGUGUGUGAUAAACCUGCUCAAGGGUAUGUGUUUGAAGAAUCAGGGUCUCCUCCAGGCUGCUGAGAAAUGCUUUAACAAAGUGUGUUCCAGUGAAAAGAAGAUCAAGUUUGACCACUAUCUUGUGCCCAACUCUAUGGUGGAACUCAGUCUACUCUACAUAGACCAAGGCAGAAGGGACGAGGCUAUUACUUUGCUGCGUAAAGCCAAACAAAACUACAAAGAUUACUCGAUGGAGUCUCGUACACAGUUCAGAAUACACGCUGUUCUGGCCAAACUCAAGGCUGACCCCGGUGAAGACGAGGACACUCACCUGUAAGACGUCUUCACGGCUGCAAAGGUUCUACACGGUGGACUCUACAUUUCCCACCCAGUUUUUAACCUACUUAUUAUCAGUUUUCAACAAUUGAAUACUGGGUGUUUCAUCUGUGUGCAAGGAUACUGUUUCAGGAAUUUUUGUGUCACAGCCUGCACUAAUAUCUCACUGGACAAAGGUAUGAACUGUUAUACCUGUACUUCCACGGGCUGUCCUGCCCAAAAGAAGAAGGUAGACACUGAGUCAGGGGACCCUGAAUUUCACUGCCUUCCAUAGGUUAAUACAGACUUGAGUAUUUAUAGAAUAUGCAUUUUAUUGUCCGGACAAUGUUUUAUUGUUUACACAGAAAAUUUAAAAAGCACCAAAUUUUAAUUAACAGAUUCUUUAUAAAUGCUGUGUGUAAUAAAUGUUAGGACUUAAUUACUUUUACUCUUAGGUUCUAUAUAAUUAUUAAAUAAUUAAGACACUUCAGCAUACUGUGCUCUAACAUGGUUUGGAAUUAUUUUUUAAUGUGCUAAGAUGUUCAUAGUAUUUCACAUACCGGUACACAAACAUUUGAUACAAUGUUUUAAAAACAAGUUCAGGCAUCAGUUUACUUGUUUGAAUAAAUGUAUGACCUGCAGCCAGUGUUCUGUUCACAGCGACGGCAAAAGAGGUGAAAGAACUGUUAACUGCUAUUCUGAACUCACUUUCACCAUGCUGGUGUGUUGGAAUGACUGAAAAUGUUUUGUUUAGUCAUGGGGAUCAGUGUGUGCACUUUCCUAAAACUUUCAAAUGUAAAAAUGAAAAAAAUUGCAUAAAUAAACUUUACAUGUGGA